AUGUCCAUACUCACUUCUCCCAGAGGGAAGGUAGAGGUGAUUCAUUGCCGCAGAACAGAAUCACAGGAUAUUUAUUGUAUCAAAAACCUCAUCAGAAAAUUUACCCAGAAACUGUUUGGGAGACUUAAUAUCAUCUAUCUUCUAGAAAAGGCAAACCUUGCCGUCACCCUCUGCAAUGACAAAGAGGAGAUCAUGGCCCAGGCCACCUUCGUGGACUAUCCCAACUGGAAUGUUGCCAGGCAGGAUGGCUGGAUUUCUGUGUUCCGUGAGAUGGACAAAGACCUCCCAUGCACACCUCUGAACACACUGUUCUUGCACCUGUUCGUGGCUGUUGAUGAAUAUUCCACUGGCUGCUGCAAAGAGAUCAUCAAGACAGUGUUUAAGACCGUGCCAGAACUGCACUAUAUAUUCCUAAUAGUGCCAUCCUUCAUGAGUCUAGGUUCAACUCUCAUAACUGUUUUUGACCAAGUGGGCACUGUUCCAUCUCUGUCGUACAGUGAAGACUUUGCAGUAUAUAUAUGUUACAGGGAAAAUCAUUACCCCCAGCUACACAUUCGCAGAGCCAGGGUGGAAGACCAUGAUGACCUCAUGCCAAUAUUUAUGCGCUAUGACAAUAUUCUGAAGGAAACGUAUGGUGAAUACUUCCUCGCUGAACUAAUAGAGGCCCAAGAUGAAGAGAAUCAUGCUGCUGUGUGUGAGGUGGAAGGUGUAGCUGUCGGGUUCAUGAGUGUGUGCUCAAGAGUGAACAUGACAUUGCUCCAUGAAUGCUUCGACUUGGGGCCUUUCCACGGACUCUGUGUCCCACAUCCUGAUGAUGUUCUGGAACCACCACAAGGAUUAAAUAUUGACAACAGUCAAGGUGCUGUUUUCUCAAAAUCCUCAAAGUCACAGGAACAAGUUCCUCCAGAGAUUUUGGAGCAAUUUCAGAGCAAAAUCAUGGACGAUUUGAGACUUGAUGAAUCUCUUUCAUCACUCAGCAGUAGUGACAUACAGGACAUAGGAAAACCAUUCAGUGAGAUUUCUGUUGCUGGCAUAAACGAGAUCUUCAGCAGUGAGAGCUCCACUCUCCAGUUGUGGCCUGAAGAGCCCAGCAACUUUCACCCCACCUAUAAGGGAGCCUCUGCAGUCUUUUGUAUUCAGCUAUUUUGUAUUGAUGAGAAAUAUGAAGCAAGGUCACUGGAUUUUAUGAGUUUUGUUUUCAGUCUUUUUCCUGACAAAGACUUCUGCAUGAUUUCUCUGCCCCAUCUCACUCCUGAGUUUGUCCUCGUCCAGAACUUCGUGAAGAUCGUCCCCUUCAACAAUUGUAGCCUCAACCAUGACCUCUAUGUCUUUCAUCGGGCUGGAUUGCUCAAGUCCAUUAAUAUACGAUUAGCUAAUAUUCUGGAUACUUCUAAAGUUGAAAACCUUGUGAAAACCCUUACGCUGAAUAAAAAGAUCCUGGAGGAUUUUGUCCAGUACAAUGCAGCUUUCAAAGACCUCGAGGGAACACCAAUGAGGACAUUUGUGGCUGAAGUUGCAGAACAAAUAGUUGGCAUUGCAGUGAUCAAAAAUGAAAUGGAUAUAGAAUACAUACGAUCUCAUUACAACAUUGAAGAUUUUAUCUACUUCAGCCACCACCAGCGAGAAGAACAUGGGCACUUGUUUCAUUUUGCGCUGAACCCUAUUUUCCGGCACUACACAAAGUUUUUUCUGAAGGAGAUUCUUCGCUUGGACUAUAAGUCCUGUCUCUACUACCCUAUUUACCCACAGACUAGGGAAAGCAAGUUCCAGAACCCCUACGCCCACUCGCUGACAUCUGCCCUUCAUUACUUGGUUCCCGUGCGACCACGACGACAGAUUGUCUAUCCUCUGGAAAAGCUUGGCAUAAACGCUCCAUCAAAGUCGGUCUCCAAGGAUCUGUUGCCUUAUGCCUUGUACCAUACCAACAGAAAAUUAACAUUGGAACCUAAAAUAACUGUCAACGCCAGGAUUGUUGUGGUUGGUGCCUCCAGUGUUGGAAUCUCCUUUCUAGAGACAUUGGUAUUUUGCUCUCACUUGAAGUUUAAUAAUCUCACCCUGAUUUCAACUCAUGGACUCCCAGGGAAAAAACCAUACAGUGAAGAAAGGAAAUUUUUAGCAAGCGACCACUGUUUUAAUGAUAAAGAUUAUGCAUUGAUGUCACUCUGCUCCUGGGUUAAUGUUGUGGUUGGUAGAAUGAUUGCCAUAGACCGAGCAGCCAAGCAAAUCGUGCUUUCCCAGGAUGAAAUCGUGUUCUACGACCACCUCAUUCUCUGUACUGGGCAGCAGUACCAGGUCCCAUGUCCUACGGGGGUGGAUCUUAGUGAACACCCCACCAACAGAGAGGUUGCUGAGCUCAGUAAGCAGCGGUACACUGGGAAAGUUCCUCCCAAUCUUUUCAUUCUCAAUGAUGAGGAAGAUUGCCUUAAUGCCCUGACUUGGAUGAGGAAUAAUUCCAUCAUCACAGAAGGGAAUGUCAUUGUCUACGGGAACACACUCGAUACUUACACCACUGUGGAAGCACUCUUACACAUUGGCGUGAGGGGCUCCUCCAUCCAUCUUGUACAUCCCCCACCGAAAUCAGUCACCACUUGCCUUAACAACUGCACAGUGGAAGAAGCCGUGGCGGAAGCACUCCAGGAGGCUGGCGCCAUCACUCACAAGGACGCGCUGCUGGCUCAGUGGGAGACGGACCCACUCUCAGACUUCAUCCACACUGUCUACUUCACCACCUACACCAAACCUUUCAGCCUUCCGUGUUCUAUAUUCUUCAGUUUCUAUGAGAAGAACGUGGAUUAUGACACAUUUAAAGCCUUCAACGAUGCAUGUCUCGUGUAUGAUGGCCGGCUAGUGAUUGAUACCAACUUCCACACCAAUGACAUAGCCAUUAGAGCUGCUGGAUCCCUCACCAAAUUCUCUAACAGAUAUUAUGCAAAUGACUGGACUCACAGCAACUUCAGUUCCAAAGAAAUUGGAUUCCAGCUGGCAGCAGCUAUGCUCAAUCUUUUUGACCCAACUCUUGAACCUGUGACUGAGCCACCAGCUGAUCUAGACCGACUCAUCCCCAUGUACAAGGGCGCCAAGAUCCAAGGAGGUAUUCUUCCUGGAUCUUACUAUUAUCUGCAUAUUGCCAAACCUGCCAUUCCAACUCCUUUGGAGGUACUGAUGGCGCAGCCUGAUUUUGGUUCACAACUAAUAACAGGUAAUGCAAAAGAAGGGACAUACUUCCGUAUUCACAUUAACAAAUAUAGAAUAAUAGAGACUAUCACGUGUCUUUCUAAGACACCUUUUCCUGUCUCCAACUACCUCCGCCUGUUUGGCCAGCAUGAGCAAACCCUCAACAAUCUGAGUGAUCGUUACGAAGACAAAUUGAUCUCAGAUUUCUACAGCUACUUCACGGAGUCGUGGUGCCUGGCCCUAUUCCACGAUCGUUUUAUUGAUCUCAGGAAAGAGUUACGCCAAAUCUUAGUCUCCAAGGAGGAGGAUGGACUCCUUUCCAUGGAGCAACUAGCCCAUAAGAUAGAAGAUGAGGAAAUAAGCCUGGUUGAGAAGCCCAGGGAAUACCUCAAAAGAGUUUUUGAGGACUCCAUCUACAAAAGCCUGGUGGAGAAGAGCAUCCUAGAGUACCUGCACUACAAUUAUUACCACCUGCCCAUGUAUGCGUGGCCCGGCAUCAUUUAGUGUGGCCUGGGUCUCCACUUUUUUGUUUCUAUACAGUUAGUUCUUGGAAGUAUUCUUUAGAAAUAGAAAAGUUCUCCUAAGCCUGGCUUCACAAUCAAAUGCCAGCUUGGUUCCCUUAAUGCCUUUCUGCCUCUACUUAGCCUUGUAGUUUCCUCUGG